CGUCAACGCUGUCAAGCUGCCAUGUUUCAUGUUUCCUUUACCGCUAAAAAUGUGCCGACGUGUGGAGUGGCUUGGAACAAUGCUGCUCCGAAAUAAUUAUUAUAGUUCCAGUUUCUGCCACCCAUGUUUCAAGAUUGGACUAGGUUAAAAAAAUACAGUUUCAUUGAAGGAAUGCUCUGUUGGUUUCUCAGCAAGCAUUUGUGAUGCUCCUUCAACUUCGGCUGCAAGCCAUGUAAAUUGGCUGUCAAAAGAAGUAACAAAGACUUGACAGAUGUAAGUACAAUUGAACACGAUCACUGCCUAUUCUAAGCCAGAUUUUGUAGUACAGACUCAUUAUCAAGAUACAUUUCUGUCAGACGCUUCGAGUUCAUGCCUUACACAAUUAGAAGUAAGUAAAAGUCAAUUAACAGAAAGGGAAUCUAAAAUGUAUCAAAUUCACCGCAACACAAAGUGACGUUAACAUCCCCCAAUGCCCUAGAUGUCGGGAAGCACUGUUCUCUGAUGAGUUGACCCCAUUCCAGUUGUAUGUUCAUUUCAAGGAACAGGACAACGAGCAGAGGCUGACAUACGCAAAUGACAAACUAAGUCAUCUACUAAAUGUUAUCCAUGUAAAACUGUAUAGUUUUUUGGAUAAGUUCGCCCAUUUGCCUAAUGAUCAAGCCUCCUUCAAACCAGGUCUGAUACAACUGCUUGAAAAUUUUCAGCCUUGCAAUUUUCAUGAUGACCUCAAAAAUAUCAUUAACAAAUGCAUCAGACUGACAAUAUUCUAGUAUAUUAAACAUAAAAAUUCUUUUAAAAGACCUCUUGGAACAUCUGAUGGUCAUUCAAGGAAAAUGAAAAAGCUGAAUGCCACCAGGUAAAUCAUUUUCGAAUAUCUGCUGCUGGUUUUUUUAUUAUUUCAUGUACCUCCAUGGAUGAACCAUCACAAACCCGACUGUGACAUACCUGACCAGGACAUUUUUACCAUAUUGUGAUAGAAUUUUUUUAUUUUAUUUUUUAGAAUUUUAUGUUGAGUUAUUAAAUUACUAUAUAUGGCCUGUACCAUAUACAUACAGGCUUUACUCAUGUAAAAUAAAUGUAAAAUUUUGCAAAUUAAUGUUUAUUCAGAAGUUUAGUGUUGUUUGAUUAACGAAAUCUUGUACCCUUUACAUACAGAUUUCACAAUAUUUUUGUUAUUGAAUUUUUGUUGAGUGUGGUAUCAUGGGUUUUUUGUAGUUUCCUUUUGAUCAUAUUCUGAUUCUUCAUUGCACUAAAUUACAAAUGUACCACAUUACGUUAUCUACCAG